AUAAAUCACAAAAAAAAAAUCAACAGUAAAAUUAGAAUUAAUGAAAAAAAUAAUAAUUUGAUAAUUCAAUCUUAUUAUUGUUUAUAAAUUAUAAAACAUCAAAUACAGAUUUUCUCUAUAAAAUAAUAAAUUUUUUCUGAUAAAUAAAUGUCAGAAUUUUUUUUGAACAUUAAAAGCAAGAAAUUAAUUAAAGACUGUGAAUAUGAGGUUAAAGCUUAAGUUCCACUCCAUAAAAAUUGUCUUCAAUUUGAGAUUAGAAGCUCUACAGAACCUUGGGUGUGGAAAAAUGAAUUUUCUGCUUAAUACAUAGAAGAUUUAACUGAAAAAACAGGUUAAAAAAAGUCAUUUUUUGAAUUCUUAAAUUUGAUAGAUGAAAGUUUAAAUCAGAAGCAAGCAAACAAGUCAAACUUCGAUAUUCUAACCUACCAAGAUUUAAAGACGAUGAACAAUAAAAAAAGCGAUACAUCUCAAUCAAAUUAACUAAACUCUACAGGUUAAUCAUAAAUGAAUUCUAGUACUUCAACUUAAAGCGACUAAAAUUAGUAGCAGUAAUAAUAAUAAAGAAAUAAUAAGAGAUACUUAAUUAUCAGUUCGUGUAAUACAAAUGAAGAUAAAAUUCAUUAUCCUUUAUCUUUAAAUGGAGACCAAGUCAAUGACCCAGCUUCCCUUAAAGAAAUAAUAAAGAAUCUAUAGAAGGAGUUAUCAAAGGUUCGUAACAAUGAUGAUAGUCUAAAUAGUAGUACUUUUUACUCUUCUAAUGGGUUUGAUAAAAAGCAAGGUUCACCUCGUUCUACAUCUGGUAAAUCUUUUUAUGACUCAUAAGGUUAAAAGGUAUAGCUUAAUAAAAAAGAGUAUGACUAAAUUAAAUUGGAAAAUGAUCUUUUAAAAGCAAAAGUCAAAAGAAUCGAGGAUUAUUUUUCUUAAAAAUAAGGAGCUAUUGAGAUUGAGUAGCUUAUUAAACAAAAAUUUAACCUUGAAAAUGAAAUCGAUAAAUAGAGAAUAAUUUCUAGUAAAAGAAUAUGCGAAUUAGAAGUAGAAGUUGAAAUGAAAGAAAGAUAAUUGAACCAAAAAAAAACAGAAAAUUUGGAACUUUAGAAAUAAUUAACUUAAAUUGUUUGUGAUAGUGAAGAUACAGCUAACAAAAGAAUUAAAGCCCAACUAUUAAAAUUGACAGAAGAAACAGAACAACAACUUGUUUUAAGUAAAAAAACUAUAUAAAAAUAAAAGUAGGAAAUAGAUAAGCUCACAUCUGAUGCUGAGAAGUUUGCAAACGAAGAAAAAAAAUUAAAGCAAAAAAUUGCUUAACUCGAAAUCGAGCUAACAAACUCCUAGAGGCGUAGUAACUCUCGUUCUAAUCCUCUAGGUGCUAGGGGAGUAUAUGGGAAUAGCUCUUCUCAUUCAUCAAUCAACUCUAGAAGAAGUACACCCAAUUCUCAUCCUUCAAAAUUAGGUUAUAGUAGUCCUAGCUUAUAAAUUUAAAACCGUAAUAGGUUUAACCGAACUGAUGGAUCUUAGAGUAAGAAUUCAACACCAAACGGCUCAAAAAAUUCACUUCAUACUCCUAAAUCAUAGUCUUACUCUUCUAUUCGCUCAAACUCAUAAGGAACCUCCUAAAAUAACACUCCUACAAAUUCUAGACUACAAAGAGGGGUUAAUGGAAUUAACUCUUAAAAUAAUUAAAGAAAUAAUAAAUUUUUUUCAAAUAACAACCCAAAUAAUAAUUAGUAAAGUAACUAAAGUUUAUCUUAAAAUAGUAGCAGAAAUAACUCAGCUGGAAAUAACAAUUUGUAAAAUAGGAGAUAGCCAUUGUAUUAAAUAAAUAACGAGAGACAAAACUCAUAAACUAGAAAUAAUUAACUUCAAGUAAAUGGUGUAAAGAAUGUGAAACCUGGAAGUAUUGACAUUAUUCCCGAAAACGGAAGAUAUAUUCAAUAAACAAAAUCAAAUACUCCUUAGCAAUCUUCUUAAUCUUCAGUUGUUAGCAGGCUUUAUCAACCAAAGUCAUAUAACUAACCUACAUAAGUUUAAGGUAAUUAGAGAUCUUCUUCCACCUAAAGACAAGUAAACACAUCCUCUUAAAGACUUAAUUCUUCAGGAAGUAAUGCACAACAACUCAGCAUAGAAACAAACCCGAAUAGAAAGCCCCUUAACACAUCCUAUAAUUCAAUGACAACUCCUUCUUCAAAAUAAUCUACUUAAUCAAAUAUAAAAACUCCAUAAAAUCCAACUUAACCAAGAUAUGUUCCAGCAAAUAACUACAUGAAACCACUUAAUAAAAAUUAAUAAAACUAAAAGGUUGGUUAUUAACCUAAUCAACUAAGGUAGCAUGCUUAAAUUUAAGAAAAAAUAGAUUAAGCAUUGUUUGAUGAUAAGCACAUAUUAAAUAAUCAGCCCUAGCCAGAAGGUAAAAGUGAGCUUGAAUUAAAAAUAGACAAGUUAUAAAAUAUAUUGCAAUCAGCUAAGGAUAUGACUGUAGAUGACUUUUGA